AUAGAGUAGAGGUGUAGAGGGCGAAUGGACGAAACAAAACGCACUUUAUCAUUUUGAUUGCGGCUUGUGAAGAUGGAGUUAGCCGGUUUUCGAGUGUGUUUCACAGAUGUGAUGAGAAAGUGAAGUUCGGAGAAGAAAUCAAUAUGGCUCUCAAAUUGGGAAAAUGCAGGCUUUGCCUGAAGCUGGGCGACUUCUAUUCAAUCUUCACAGUGGACAAUGCAUUACAACUGGCGGAGAUGGUAAUGGAAUGCACAACAGUCAAGGUGUAUGAAGGUGAUGGAUUGCCAGACAAGAUCUGCUCGGAGUGUGUUCAGAAGCUGAGCAGUGCUUACAUCUUCAAACAGCAGUGCGAGAGAGCUGAUCAAGAGCUCAGAAGGAACUAUGUACCACCACCUGGUUUCAGCAUUACCCCACCACCACCUCCCAACAGACAGAGCAGUGACUCUGCUUUCUCGACACACACGGACACCUCCAACCAACUAUCUAAACCGUCGUCAUCCACCGACAUCCAGACCCCAAAUAACAGGAGUCGAAAGAGAAGCCGCAGCCGCAGCGUCGACGCCGCCUCCGUGGGUUCCCGCUCACUCGACCCACCAGGCAGCUCCAAACGCGUUCAGGAACUCAAGAAUUCACACAAAAAGAGACCUAGAGUCGAGUCACCUAACACGUCCUACGCCGAUUCUGAUUACGAAUAUGACAAUUCGCAAUUCUCAAUGGAAACCGACUCCGACGAGCCACUCCUCAAGGAGGAAGGACAUUUCAAAUGCAACAAAUGCGACAAGGUGUUUACGAAACGGCGAAGUCGGGCAAGCCACAUGCGAGUUCACACGAGAGAGGCGCUAGGACAGAACGCCCUCGUCGAUAUACCAAGAGAUGACGACUUCGGGGAGGACGCGAUGGACGCCGAGGACAAAUUGAGCUGCGAGAAGUGUGACAAAACAUUCAAGCUGAAAAUUAUGUUGAAGAGGCACAUGGGCACGUGCAGCGGGAAACUGCCGCCGCCCCAAGUUUCUCCGCAGAAGGAGCUGCUCAUAUCUCUACAGCCGAUCGACCAGGUUCCCGGCGUCGGGAAACUCGACUGCGACAUCUGCACGGCCAAGUUUAAGACGCUGGACAACCUGCGGAAGCACAUGCGAGUGAUUCACGCCGCCGUGCCGAAAGUGGAUACUAUAAUACUGCCGAAGGAGCCCGUGGCAAUCCCGUGCAUGUACUGCGGGCAGAUCUUCGACGACUUCAACGUGCACACGGAACAUUUCAACAAGUGUCCGGAGAAGAGGCCGGUGACUAGUUAUGACUGUCCGAUGUGUGAUAAAUCUAUAUCGCGGGUGCAGAAUUACUUGAGCCACUUGCGGGCGGUGCACUUCGAGCUGCGGCAGGUGCAGAGUCCGGGCCGCUUCCAGUGCCGCGUGUGCGCGCGCCGGCUGGCCUCGCAGGACCUGCUGGUGGCGCACCUGGCGGGGCACGUCAACGACGUCGGCGCGCCGGACUGUGAUGAUGACUCCAGGGCCAGCCCAGCUGAAGAGCUGAACUCGGACACCAGCUACACCGGCUACAUGCCGCAUGGACCCAACAAAUGUCCUUACUGCAUAAAAUCUUUCUCUUACAAGAAAUCUCUCGAGACUCACAUCAUGAAAAUCCAUUCCAACUCUUCUGAACCUGUGGAAAUCAAAAUCGAAGCACCAGACAAAAAUGCUUCAACCAGCUUACUGACAGAGAAAUACGCAGCGAGCGAUUCAGAGUCUAGUCAAGAAGAAGCCGAGGAUCUGACUUGUGAUAUUUGCGAGAAGAUGUUCUCGUACAAACGUCUCCUUGUCCAGCACAAGCGCACAAAACACAACAUGAGCUCCGGCCACAAGCGAGCGAAGAUAAAUCUCAAAGACUGCUCUGUGCGUUGUCUCAUUUGCGACAUCGAGAUGAAAGUCAGUGCCGUUAACGAGCACAAUCAGAAGCACAUCACUGCUAAUAUUAAACCGAGGAAUUUGUACACUUGUGCCCAGUGCGGGGAGAAGUUCAAGGCGUGCAGUGGAUUAGCGAAUCAUAUCAAGUUGAUUCACCGGCUGAAACAAGUGCCCAAGCCGAAGGUGCCGAAGUUGCAGGGCGGCUCGGAGCUGGCGGAUUUUUGUGAGGUCGUUGUGACGAAGACGGAGCCCCUGGAAGACAUCCAGAGUCACAACGGCUUGGAGGUUCCGUCGACGGCGGCGCCGCACGUGAACCUGAGCGGCCUGACGUGCCCCAUCUGCAGCAAGACCCUGGGCACGCUCAUCUCGCUCAAGAGGCACGUCAACUGGCACGCCAACGUCGGGAACAACAUCGAGAGCAAGGUCGAGUGCUUCGUGUGUAAGGAGACAUUCCGCUUCAAACGCCACUACAGGCUGCACAUGAGCUCGCACUACAAGGACCCGCACAUCGACCCCAAGCACCUCACGUGCGCCAUCUGCAACCGCAAGAGCAAGCACCUGCGCGCUGCGCUCGCGCACAUGAACUUCCACAAGCAGACCCGCUUCCAGAACAAGGACUACCAGUGCUCCAUUUGCAAGAGAGUCUUCCAAUACAGAAAAGUCUAUCUCUCACACAUGGCCAUACAUUACAAGAGGGGCGAGAGCUCUCAGAAUACUGUGGUCGGUGAUAUACUACCGGAGAACGCGGACAAGACCGCCUUCGAUGGAAGUCACACGUGCCAUCUGUGUGGUAAAGUCUGCGAUUCGGAGAACUCACUCAAAUGUCACGUCACCUGGCACAAAUCGAAAACUUCACUAUUCGGUAACAGGCACGAAUGCCACAUCUGCCAGCUACAGUUCACGAACAAAAGGAGAUUGGAUUACCACAUCAGAGAACAUUACGAAGACGCUAAUGGCCCCUUCAAAUGCAACAUCUGCGGGAAAGGAUACAUCGACGAGGAGUACUUCAAACGUCAUCUAAAAGGUCAUAAUUUCGACAACCAAUGUCAUAAAAAGCGUAUAGAGAAGUUGCGGAAGGACAAGGUUAAGUGUCCUAUAUGCACGCGGUUCUACCCGGAUUUGCUGCAUUUGAUUCGGCACAUCAAAAGAACGCAUCCAGAUAGCAAGAUGAUUAAGACAGACCCCGACGCGCCCGCGCCGAUGUAUUACUCGUGCAAACUGUGCGCAAAAGUGUUCCUAGAUCAACGGCGGCUUCAGAACCACGAGGAGAGGCACUUGAGGAAACCAGAGUUCUUCAAGUGCAAAUUCUGCGGAAAGAAAACGAUAUCGCUGAAGAGUCACAGGAUACACAUCAAGGGACAUUUGACCACCAAGUUCCUUGACAAUCCGCUCAAGUGCACGCAGUGUGACGAGAUGUUUAUCAAGGGCUAUGAUCUGCACCAUCACCUGCGCGACGUUCACAAUAUAGAGGAGACGUGGAUCGCGGAGCGCAACGAGCAGGCUCUGACUGGCCCGCUAAAGGACCUACAGUGCUCUGUCUGUCUCAAAAUUCUAGCUAGUAAAGGAAAUUAUGAACGGCACCUUGAUUAUCACAACUCACUGCGAUGCAACUACUGCUUCGACUAUUUCAGUUCGCUGAGGUUCUUAGAGGGACACUUGGCGUUCAGUUGUGACAAGAAGAAGCUUAUAGGCGACACCGAGCCGCAUCCGAGGAAGAUCAAAUGUCACGUCUGCUACAAAGCUUUCCAUUUGCAAGUGAAGCUGGACUGCCACUUGCGAACACAGCAUAACAUCUUGGUUAAUAAAGAAGCUUCGUCAGAUAGAAAGGAUAUUGUUUGUGAUUAUUGUUUCAAGGUAUUUGAAAACGAGUAUUGUUUGAGCACUCACAAGAUAUACCAUCGGACUAUCGGGUACUUUGGCUGUAUCUACUGCAAUAGGAAGUUUAACACGAUGACUGCAUAUAGAAAACACAAGAAUCAUCAUUUCUCGCAGCUGAACGUUGACAACCCGACGAAGUGUGAACAUUGUGACGAGACAUUUGUCGCUUUCCGAGAGAUGAUUACCCACAUGAGGGAGGUCCACGGGGACGAUAAGGAGUGGGUGGUCUUGCCCAAAGAGUCUAUCGAAGAGGAGUGUCCCAUUUGUAAGAAAGUUGUGUUCAAUCUGCACAGGCACUUGGACUACCACGAGGAAAAUAGGUGCAAGAAAUGCGGAGAGUACUUCUUCUCCCGGACAGAUUUCGAUAAUCACUUGUGUAGUAUCGAGAGUGACGACGAGACCGCUGAACGAUGCGACGGCAGUCUCGAGUCUAAAUACCAAGAGUGCACCUUCUGCUUCAAACCGAUUACAAGAAUUAGUUCAGAGCUGAAGCAUCUCAAGAUCCACAGAGGGUCCGGUUCGAUCUCGUGCCGUUUCUGUCCGCACAAGUUCAAAACGAUGGACGCGUUCAACAUUCACGCGUUCUCGCAUAGAAGUAGAAAAUACAACAAGAAGCCGAUAAAGUGUCGGAAGUGCAACGAGCACUUCGUGAAAUACGGCCCGUUCAUGAAGCACAUGAAGACUGUACAUAAAUCUACACAAAAAAUGCACUACAGAGCUAUUGUGAAGGCGGAGCCCUGUGUUGUUUGCGGCGAUGAGUUCCCCAAUCUUCACAACCACUAUCGUGCACAUCUACAGAACCAAUGUCAGAGUUGCAAGAAGUAUUUCACAUCCUCUAAGUUAUUCUCGCGCCAUCAAUGCGACGUCGAAGACGCCGACCCUUCGAAAGUGUUCACGUGCGAAGCGAACCUCCUAGUCCUGAUAAACACGUACGUGCCCAAAGAUGAGAAAGAUGACGAAAAAUAUUACGGCCACGACGACGGCCAGGAAGACCAGGACGAUGAAGCUGAAAAGGCGGAGAAUGACAGUGGUUAUAUUAAUUUGAGUGAUAUUAAGACUACGGUGGAAAGUCAGGACGAAGAGAGUCAGGAGGCGCCGGUGGCGGAGCCCGACCCUGACGAGCGGAGCCUCCACCUGAUGGCGCAGUCUCCGAUCAUAUCGGAUGUGCUCUCGCUGUAUCAGAACCAGCAGGCUCAAGACGAGGACGUGGUGCACCUCACCGAUGACGACUCGAUGGAUAUCGAUAUCAGUAUUCCCGUUAUAACUAUCGAUUGAAUGUGUGACUCGACUGGCUCAAAUCCGAUUGAUUGUACAGAUUUAGAGGGAAUCGCGCAGAUUUAUAUCAUAUAGCUAUACAACUAAGUGACAAACAUUUUCUUCUGGUAAUGAUCUCACCAGUCUGAGUUAGACAUUCUCGAUUUUUGAAAUGGAUUCAAUAAUUUUUAUGAGUAUAUGACUAUUAACUGGAGAUGCAGAUUUUCGUCUCUGCUUGGUGGCUGGCAAUGUCUGUCUAAACUAUGUAGAAAUUCAGUAUGAAAAUGUUCUUCUUAAAAAAGAUUUAUGUAUAUAUUAAAUUUAAGAUAUACAUACAUUAUCUGACAAUAGUCGUCGCAAAAGGACCCUCACGUUGCAGGUUAUCGUGGCAAAAGGCAGCGAAAGCGAAUAAUUAAGUAACAAACACCAUUUAUAAAUCAUGAUAGUGAAGAUUAUAAUAGAAAUAAAUAUUAGCAUUUUCAAAAUUUUAUUUCUCGUAUGAGAUUAUAAAGUAUGUGUGCUGUUAAGCAUUUAAAAUGAAGAGACUAGAAUAUGUACGUGUCGGAACAAUGUAGAAAUGUACCUAAAAGGUGUAGGAAUUUUUGCAGUAUUUGUAAUUUUGUACAGAAAUUUAAUUCAAAUGUUUUUAGUAUAAAAUAGUCUUUUCAGUAAUACCUAUAUUUUACUAAUCGGAAAUAUUCAAUUUGAAGUGUAUUUAGUGAUUGAAUGAAGGCCACAAUUUUAUUACAAAAUAAAUAUUCAAUCCUCUUUCAAUAUUUACGAGUAAUUGCACGAAUAUUUAUUUAUUCAACUUGUCAUGAAUAUUU